CUCCCCUCAGCUUAGCUGUCUUCUCGCAGCGGCCCCGACGACUCGGCAAGCGAGCGAGAGAGAGAGAGUCCCCAACACGACGCCUGGACGAAGCAGAUGUUCUUGGGCAAGUCUCGCAUCCAACGCGCUGCCCCACUGCCGCUCCUGCCACUUCCGUCGACUGGCCCAUCUGCCUGACUGCACGCCAGUCCAAGUCUCGCAGAUAAUGGUGCCCUGACGCCCCUGUUCGAGUUUUGGUUCCUGUGGAAGCGCACAGUGUGGCGGUGCCGCUGCCGUCCGUGUUAGGAGGGUGCGAGACGAUACAAGUUGCCUACGUAAGUAUUGGCACGGUGAUGGCAGACGCUUUUGUCGAAGUGUAGAUUCCUGCGAAUGUCGGGAGCUACCCUGGUUUUCCCGUAGUUUGAGUGUACUAUCAGAAUUUGGGGAUAACUUCAUGUAGUCUUUCUGUCCAAGCACUCCUGUGGCAACACCUGCGGAAUUUUUCAAAUGGUCCCCUUCGAUUCUGGAGAGCGUAUGGUCUGUCCUGGAAAUGGACGUGGGUAUCUGCAGAGCGAUCAGUUCCUCCACAAUCUAGUACUCAUUUUGAGUUGAAGGAGUUCAUAAAUACAGUGUCUAAAUAAAGGAGCUUGACAGUGCAGAAGGAUGCAGAUUGGACAUGGUAGUUUUAAAUUAUGGUCAAAUAGGGGCUACAUUAGAAAGUUUCGGAGUUCGCUUUGGAUAGAAGGCGAUGCCAUAGGGGUACGUAAAUCCACAUCAAUUACGGUUUAACGGAGGUAUUUAUUGAGCAGAUGGUCCACUUAAGUAAACUCGAUCUCUAUCUUCAAGAAUAUCAAACUUUGGUCUACCCUUUCACCUUCAGCCUAUUCAAUUCUUGAGCUCUGUGACUCGGUUGCUGGAUACGGUCUGUGGAAAAGCUCCUUCGUAAGAGGAAUAUUUGUAGGUGAUAGCAACUCGUAUGCUGGUGGCGAAUAGGUUAAAGAGUGUAGCUUUUCAACGUGGGAAGGUACACUAAUGUAUAGAGAAGAGAGGAGGUUGGGUGAUGCCCCUAACUGGUUCAGCCGUGGAUGUGCUUGGUGUUACGACCUUGGUUCUGGUCCUCCUGCUCAUUUGUGCAGGUAUAGGAUGUAUUGCUUACGUCCUGUACUUUCGGGCCCGGAUUCAGAAGGAUCGUCUACCAGCACUACAGGACUUCAAUUCGUUAUGGAUAGUCCGAAUCAUUCUCAUAGCAUUGGCGAUUCUGUGGAGUCUAGUCGAGCUGUUACGCCUCCCUUUACUUCGGCGACCGAAUUGGCUCUUUCACUCUCUGAGCUUCCGCUGGCAGGCCAACCUUUGUCGGUUCCAUAUUCUCUCUUCUCUAGGUUUUCUGGAGCCGUGCUUCUUCCUUACUGCACUCUUUCUGGUACAUGGUUCUCUACGCAAGGCACCGUUCACACCUCGAAAAUCCUGGAACGGCAAAGUCGUGGCUCUCAUUCUUAUGUGCUGCCUUCCAGUGUUCCUGUUUCAACUUUUCUUCGUUGUCAUUAGCCCCAGGAUUGAGUUCAAGGAAGGCACUGGCUAUAUUCUAGAGAAUGAGGGUUACGGUGGUAAAGUCCCGUAUUACUUUACCCAAGCAUUUGAGAAGGUAAUAAUGGAUGCCAAGGAAGUUGCCAUGUGCCGUUACCCUCUUUGGAGCACUCUUGUUCUAGCUGGUUUCGGUAUACUUUACUCGGCUUACUUUCUCCUACUCGGCUGGAGGAUGGUUGGGGUGGUCAUCAACAGAUAUCUUCAGAGGAGAUUGUAUGGCCUUCUUGGAGCACUGUUGCUACUGCUUCCUCUACAUGUGAUGUUUCUUGGACUAUCAGUUCUCUCCAAGCCUACUCACCUACCAUUCGAGUUGCUGAGUUUCUUUGGGUUCAUCAUGGUUUUGCUUUGUAGCACAAUUGGUGAAGGUAUCCUUGUGAUCCGGCCCAUUGCGGAUGCACUUGCAGUUACGUGGGUUAUGUAUACUCCGUCUGAAUCAGGUCGGGACUCUGAUGUUCCCGGAGAAGGUGCUGUGUCGGUUUCCAUGUCAGUAUUUGGGAGUGACGACGACGAAGUCUCACUGUUUGGCAACCCAAGAUUAUUUCCUAAAGGUCAACCUCGUGCUGCCGACAUUCAGGAUAACGAGCAUUCCUCUGCAAGGAGUUUCGGAAGGCCGUUGGAUCAUAUCGGGAAUUUCAAUAAUCAUAAUGAAACAUCUUUCUUUAAUCCUGACUCACCUGCACUUCCUGGUAAACCAUUGAUUUCUCAUCACCAACCCCGGAACCCCGCAUUCUACCCCUUCUUGUAGAGAAUGCUCACCCCUCAUUGAGAGCAGUUAAAAUCUGCCCAAUGUUGAGCUUUCUGCUUCUAAUGCGAGACGCUUAAGGCUCUAUCAUUUCAUCAAGUGGAAAUGUGGGCACUGGAACUCUGUAGAGUAAAUGUCAUAGGGAAGACAGAGGUGUUAGACCUCCAGUUGCUUCAUGUUGUUACUGAAACCUUAUUCAAAGAAAGCAGAGUAUUUGGAUGCAUUCGACAUCAAGUU